AUGGAGCAUUUGGGGGAGUUUCUGAGCGCCAGGCUGCAGGACCUUGCUUCGGCCCGGCCAGCACUGCGCGCCUGUUGCACGCUGGUCGAGCGCGGCGCCAGCGGGGCCGGCGCGCCGUCGCUGAAGCUCGAGAUCAUCGAGAGGAUCCUCAGGAUGCUCGGGUCCGACGUCGCCGUGCCGGCGCUCGCGCAGGCUGCGCGAACGGCGGCGCUGCAGCUGCUGCUAGCAGCGGUGCGCGGGUACGGCGCGAGGCUCAAGGACGCGGGGCUCAAUCUGGUCGACGUCGUCUCGGGCUGCAUCGACGGCGAGAAGGACCCGCGCUGUCUUCUGGAGGCGUUUCAGCUCUCCAAGGCGACGUGCUCGCUCUACCCCAGCUCCGCCAAAGACCUCGACGAGGGCAUGUCGGAGUCCUUCGGCGACCUCUUCGACGUCCUCGCGUGCUACUUCCCCCUCAGCUUCACUCCCCCCCGGGACGACCGUUUCCGCAUCUCGCGCGAGGACCUCGCCGCCGGGCUGCAGGACGCCCUCGCGCACCUGCCGCAGGCCGCGCAGUUCGUCCUCCCGCUCGUCGUCGAGAAGCUCACCGCGCCGCUCGACAACGCGCGCCGCGACGCCGCCUCCCUGCUCGCCGCGUGCGCCGCCACGUAUCCGCCCGCGGACAUGGAGCCGUUCGUGGGCGCCGCGUGGGCGGCGCUGCGCUCGGAGAUGUCGCUCCCCGACGCGGACGCGGGCGGCCAGGGCGGCGGCCCGGCGCUCACGCUGCGGCGGCGCGGCGCGGCGGUGACACUGCGGGAGUGCGUGGCGCGGGGGUGGGCGGCGCUGGGGCGCGCGGCGGCGGCGGACGCGCGGCUGUUCGCGCAGAUGACGGACGUGGUGACGCGCGCAGGGGAGUUCCAGUACGACGACGACCGCAAGGCCGAGGAGCGGCUGCGGCCAGCGAUGUUGGCGGCACGUGCGCUGGCGGGCUCGACGGCGGAGUGCGCGCGGGCCGUGGCGGAGCCCGUCGUGCAGCGGCUCGCGGCGCCGAUGAGCUCGCUGUGGGAGGCGGUCGCGCGCGGCGAGCUCGGCGCGAAGCUGUCGUCGCUGGGCGACGGAAUGACGGCAGUCGCCGCAGUCCUCCGGGGCCUCUCAGAACUCCCCCCGAGUGCGCUCCAGGGCGCAGACGGGACCACGACGACACACCCGCUCGCAAGCGUCGCCGCCGCUGCAGUCCAGGCCCUGUCAGGCGCCUCCGGCGACGUCGACGAUGCUGGGGGACUACACCACCUGUCAGGCGGGGGGUCUGGGCGCACAGCAGCGCUCGCUACGGCACUGCGCGGCCUCAGCUGGAUCAUGCGGUGUCCGUCCGACUCGGCGGACGCGCGCGUCGCGGUGCAGGCAGCCGUCACCAUCGCACGCGCCGGCACGAGAGCCACGUGCGCGCUGCCGGCGCCCGACGAGCGGUGCGAACACGAACUGCUCGACGCGCUGCAGGCCGUGUCGCAGCGAUGCAGCUGCGACGACGCCGUGCUGCAUGCCGUGCGGGAACGCUGCCUCCCGGACCUGGUGGCGGGCGCGCCCACGCCGCUGCAGCUCGCUGCCACGGCGUCCCUCGCGCGGCACUGCACCGUCCUGCUGGGGCCGGUCCUGCGCGCGCAUGACGCCGUGCUGACGAAGAGCAUGCGAGAACCGGGCGCGGGAGAGGUUCCGAGGGUCGCUGACGACAUCCGGAGGCGCCUUUUAGGCCCCCACCUGACGUCGGCCGACGGUCCCGCAUUGCAGGACGCACUCGGGGCGUUCCUCGAGGGCCUGGCCGGCGCGGCGCGCGACGCCGACGCUGCCCCGGAGCCCCCUGCGCCCGCGGCGUGCGUGAGCCUCGCGGCGCUGUGCUGCCGCGCGAUGCAGCUGCUCCCCGCCAGUGCACAGCUGCCACUCCUUGCGACGGCCUCCGUGCCGGACGACGGGCAGCCCACGCCGCUGUGCACGUGCCGUGCGGCUGGUCUGAUAGCCGGAGCACGCGGGGACGCGCUCGCGUCGGACGUCCCGGCCGCGCUCGCCCUCGCGCGAGCCAUGCUGGGCACGGUUUCAGCAGUGGUGCGGGGGGGUGUCCGCGCAGGGCACGAGCGCGCCGCGGUCGCGACGUGCGCGGCUGAGGCGGCGGGUUCCGUGCUCAACAAGCUCGGGCGCGACGCUGCCGCGCGGGACGCCGUCGACGCGGUCGUUGCGGAGGCCGAACGGAUGGUGGGUGCAAUGCUGGGUUCGACGGACCACGAGGGGGACGUGGACAUGGAGCACGGGAGAUGCGCGGCGGCUGAGAUCGUCGGGACCUUCGCGGGCGCCCUCGCGAUGCUGCCGCACAAGCGAUCCGCGGCGCUGCUCGGGCUGCUGGUCGACAACGUGCGCAGCGUCGGGGAGUCUCGCGGGCUGUCAGACGAGCUGGCUGCCGCGGCAUGGGCCGUCGCUGCGCCGCUGCGGCGAGCGGAGGACGCGGGGGACGGCUCGCUGCUCACCGCGGACGCCCACUGCCGACAGCACCCGCUGUGGCAGGCCCGCUGCACUGCGGUCUGUCUCGGCCUCCUGAGUCAGGCUCGCGACGCCGCAGGUGGCGCACCACGUGCCGUGCACGCGGGCCUCGCGAUGGCUGGUGCCGCGGUGGCCGCCGCGGCCCCUCCGGGCGCGGCAGCGCAGGACGCUGCCGUGGCAGUGUCCGUCGUCGUCGACACCCUGCACUUCCUGUCCGAGCCCGACGCUCUGCCGGCCCUCGGGUGCCACCCACCUUGCGCCAACGACCCGGCGUCUCUACGGAGCGCGCAGGCCCCCGCCGCGCAGGCGUGCGUGGGUGCGGUGCGGGCGUUCGGUGCACUCGCGGCCGAUCCGGUGUCGUCAGCGGCGCUGCAGGACGCAGCCCCGCGCGGCGUGGAGGCGCUCGCGCGGCUGGUGCAGAGCGCGCCGGUCGCAGCGGUGCGGGAGGCCGCGGCGAGGGGCUUGCGGGGGGCUGCGGAGCGGGUGGCGUACACGGCGCUGCAUGCCGGGAGAAGGGAUGUGGUGCGGGCGCUGGAGGCGGCGAGGGACGACGGGCGGCGAGCUGUGCGGGUGGCUGCUGCGCGCGCGCUUGAGGCGUGGCGGCGGUGA